AUGGGAUGGUUGUCUUGGGAAAGAUUCCGAUGUAACGUGGAUUGUGAUAAAGAUCCGGAUAACUGUAUCAGUGAGAAGCUGAUUAAGUCUAUGGCCGACCUGAUGGUAUCGGAAGGAUUUAAAGAUGCAGGCUAUGAGUACGUGUGUUCAGAUGAUUGCUGGCAGUCCAUGACUAGAGGUCCUGACGGUCGACUUCAAGCUGACCCUAAACGAUUUCCCAGUGGUAUCAAAGCCUUGGCCGAUUAUGUACACGGCAAGGGAUUGAAACUGGGUAUUUAUGAAGAUUUUGGUUAUCUAACUUGUGAAGGUUUUCCUGGUUCUGAAUUUUAUCUACAACUCGAUGCCCAAACGUUCGCUGAUUGGGAAGUAGACUUGGUAAAAUUUGAUGGAUGUCAUUCUCAACUGACAGAUUUCGAUUACGGGUAUCCCGCGAUGAGUUUUUACCUCAAUAAGACUGGUAGACCAAUGGUGUAUAUGUGUGAAUGGCCGGAUUAUCUUAAUAUGAACGGAAUAAUGCCCAACUAUACAGCUAUCAGAAAGUCGUGUAACUAUUGGAGGAAUUACGACGAUGUUCAAGAUUCUUGGGAUAGUGUUCUCGAUAUCAUCAACCAUUUCGGAAAUAACUCCGGCAACUUCAGUAGUUUUGCUGGACCCGGUGGCUGGAAUGACCCGGAUCAGUUAGUUGUUGGUGAUUUUGGAUUGAGUCCAGAUCAAGAGAGAGUUCAGAUGGCGAUGUGGGCAAUGAUGGCAUCCCCACUGUUAAUGUCUGUCGACCUGAGAAACAUUCGUCAAGAGUCUAAAGGGCUACUCCAAAAUAAAUACCUGAUAGAAAUAAACCAGGAUCCACGUGGCAUCAUGGGAACCAGGAGAUAUACUAAGGGCAGCAUAGAGAUCUGGACACGGCCUUUGACCCCGCCUGGACAAAUGGCUACAGCGUUUUUAAACACAGGCUACCAUGGUGUUCCAAGAAAACUGACGGUCACAGGGGUAGAAUUGGGGCUUCAAAACUACGUGAAAUAUAAUAUAUAUGAUGCUUUUAACAGAAAUAAAAUCUACGAUAGUGUUAUAGUCUCAGAUAAUUUUACUGUUAUAAUAAAUCCUACUGGUAUCGUUAUGUUUAGAAUUGAAAAUGUCUAA